UCAUUUGGAUGCCACCGCGCUAGGGUUUUAUGUACAUUCACACUGUCGGUUUCCCAGGCUCGCUGGUUCGCGUCUAUUAUCCACCUCCUUUGCUCUGUACUGUACUCUCAGCAGUAUGCGCAUGAGGAUUGCUGGGUUGCUUUUUUCCACGACCUGCGCACACUGACAUUCUCGUCUCCGUGAUUCGUUGCUGUCCCCCAGGUUUGUUUGGUUGCUUGAACCCUUCAUUCAGUGGGUUGAUGAUCACGAUGGAUCUCCAGGAAAAGGACACGUCUUAUAAGGAAUUGAUGGAUAACAAGAAGUGCUGCACUGAUUGCAAAACCACUAAGACCCCACUCUGGAGAGGGGGACCUGCUGGGCCCAAGACCCUGUGCAAUGCUUGCGGGAUAAGAUACAGGAAGAGAAGGGUUUCAACAGUGGGAUUGAGAUUGAACAAAGGACGGGAAAAGAAGAGGGAGAAAACACAGAGUCGGGUUGGUGGUGAAGCUGUUGGUGAUGAUGGGGAUGAUUUGAAGGAGCUUGUGAAGAUGAAGCUGAUGGCAUUAGGCGAGGAAGUUUUGCUGCAACGGUCAAAUUCUGUGGUGAAGAAACAGAGGUGGCAGAGGAGGAGGAGGGAGUUAGGGGAAGUGGAACAAGCUGCCUUCUGCUUGAUGGCCCUGUCUUGUGGAUCUGUUUUUGCUUAAAAUGGGGCGACAAAGACUAUUAAGAUAGCAGGAUAACACAGUCAGAUCAUCGUAUAGCUAACAUUUUUCUUGUUAAUCUUAGUUUCUUAGAGUCAUUUUUAUUAUGCAAUGUAAAGAUGGUUUGCCCUUUGUUUAUGUAAUGAGGGUAUUUCCCAGAGUUAGUAGGAUAUGUAGAAGCGUAGUCCAAGUAUAGGAACAUUAUGGUUUUGGCCUUUUUUGUAAUUUUUCAGUUAGGAAUAGGAUUAAUAUUUCAGGAAAUUUGGGUA